AUGGACUAUUUUCAGGAUGAUGCAUUAAAAAAAGAUGAUGGAGAAUACAUAUACUGUCUUAUAAGAAGUAGGGAUGACCCCAAAGCAGCCUACAAUCCAUAUGAUCUUCAAGUGGUCUCUGCAAAUAUGGCUAGACGAAGUAAAGAAUAUUGGACUAUUAGUGCCUCAUAUGUAUCCAAGUUCACUUCAGUGUGUGGAAAGCAUGAAAUGGAAAUAACUCCAGUGAUGGAAUGGUUAUAUGAAAGGCAACUUUAUAAUGUGUUACAUAACAUGGAUUUAUAUUUUAAUUUCAGAAUGAUAUUGUAUAAGCAACUAUUUUUUGCUGAUGAGAUACUGCAAAGUUGCUUACUUCAUCUCCAAACUUUGUGUAUAGAUGUGAGUAAUUCAGAGAAGCCCAGAUCAUCUGAAAAAACAACUAUAAAUUUCAUAAAGAUAAAUACGGCUUAUACCUACACAUUGGAUGAAUUUUGUGAGGAACAAUAUCAACAGAGUCAACAUGCUUUAUCUCAACUCCAAAGUUUUAAAGAUAAAGUAAUCAAAGUAAUUCAGGCCUGCUUUUUAAAAGUAGCAAAAAUGAAAGGAGCAGAAACACUUUUUCAGCCUUCACUGUAUGAUUUAAAAGAGAAACCAAAAUACUUUGAGAUAGCUGAAUGGCGGCACAUUAUGGAACGCUUUUCUAAGUUUCUUAAGCUUGUAGAUAGAAUCUUUCAAGAAUUUCUUCGCAGAUUGGUAAACAAUGCCAUAAAUACUCUUUUGGAGAUAUUUAAAGGUUCCAGUAAUAUGACCAUUUCAAAAAAGAAGACAAAUGAAAGCCUUAUGAGAACAUAUAAAAAUUCAAUUGAGAAAGCACUUUUCUUAUUGACUGAAAACAGAUGCCUGUGGGUAUAUGAAAAUGAGCAUUUUGAAGGCACUCAGAAAUUAUUGCACCGUUCAAAGGAAACAGAAGCACAACAUGAAAUUGUUACUGUCAGUGAUAUAGACAAGGUCCUAGAAGAAGUGAAAAGGCAACUAAAAGGAGAAGAGGAAUAUUUCCCAAUAUUUAAAAUAAAUAUUUGUCUGAGAAUUCCCUAUGAAAAGGAGCAUCGUAGAAAAUAUUACCAAAAUGAUGAUGAUUAUAUUUCAGAAUCUUCAGCAGAAUCUUUGAAAGAAAUAUUAGACUUUGAUGAAGUUUUGAGCAGCUCAUCUGAAGAUGAUAGCAAACAUGAAGAAAGAUCAGAAAGCACUACAGAAGAUUUGGGUACCUUCAGGAAUGAAGAAAAACUAAGGCCAUUGAGAAAAGGGGCCAUCUCUGAUUCAGAUAAACAGCUAAUCACAUAUGAGAGCUCUCUACAGUUCUCUACAGAUGUAUCACUGAUUCCUAACAGAAAAAGUUUUUCAAUACAAUUACAAGGGAUUGUAGAUGGAUUAGAAAACAUCAUUGAUCAAGUUACACCAUUUUCUCAGGAUUCUCGACUUUCAAUCUUCAUUGAUCAGUCUUUACAUAAAAUAAUGCAGCAAUGUGAAGAUUACACAGAUUUUGAACCAGGACAUUAUCAAUCAACAUGGCCAAACUGUGAUCUUAUUCUUGGGACAGAUCCAGAUUACCAAAAUAAAAUUCUGGAGCUUUUAUCUCUUCAGAGUUCUUCACUGGCCCGAGUAGAAUCUUACAGCAGAAACUUUAUGGAAUAUUGCAGUAUGGUAGAUAAAGCAAAAUAUACAAAUGAUAAAAUGGUAGCAUUGGAAAGAGAGUUGACUACAAAGGAGUUUAGAAAUAUUCUAGAAAAUUAUACAGUUGAUGUAAAGGAGAUUGUAUGUAUGCUUAUUGAGAAACGCAUCUCUCUGUUUAGAGUAAACAGUUUGAACUUUCAGACAGACUGCCUGCCAUAUUUUGAGGGUCUGCUUAAGACUAUUCAUUUUCAUUUUUAUACAGCAAUUGAUACAAAGAAUGUGCAUCUUGUUGAAGUCACUCAGUCAGCGGUAGCAAAGUUGAACAAAGAACUAGUAACAGUGGAUGGAUUUGUUGAACAUUUGCUAUAUCUUCAGGAAAUUUCCUCACAACUACCAAAUAUAAAGGUUGAAUAUCACUACCUUUCUGAGCUCCACUUCAUUGCAAAUGAUUAUAACAUCUUUCUCCCACACCAGCAGCUUGCUCUCUAUCAAACUGUUGUGCGAACACUCCAGAAUCUUCAAUCAACUAUCCUUAUCUGUGAAAAAAUGAAGGAUGAUUAUGUUAUCAAGUUUAAUGAAAGCUUGGGAGAAUUUAUGGAUAAUUUACAAGUUGAAAUGAAAGAAUACAAAAGCAAGGUGAGAAAUCCUGUCCUUCUCCUCAGUGAAACCCUGCCUAAGACAGCUAAAGAAAUGAUUGAAAAUCUUAUUGAAGAAGCAGGAAUUAUCAGUGAGAAAAUUUUAAAUUAUGCAAAUUACCAGCACGUGCUUGAUGGUGCCAUUGGUGACAUGAAAUCAUUGUCUGUGGAAAAACUGUCUCACAGAAGUCAGGCUGGAGAUUCUCAGAGAGUGAAUGCUGAACUCUCAGAAAUUGAAGGUGAACUACAGUUACGUAAAUUGUUAUGGGACUCACAUGAAGAUUGGGCAAAACUUAUCUUUAAGUGGAAACAUACAAUCUUUUGGAAUCUUGAUGUAGAUGUAAUUCAAAGUGAAGUUAACAGAUUCAUGCAGAGAAUUCAUAUUCUUGAAAAAGGCUUGCCAGAAAAUACUAUUUUACCCAUUAUGAAGAAAUCCUUGUUGGAUUUUAAGGAAUCCUUGCCUAUAAUCAUAUCUUUACGGAAUCCUAGUCUUCAACGAAGGCAUUGGGAAACAAUACAGAAUAUUGUUGGAGAGGCAAUUUCUUGGGAUAAAAGACUUACUCUGGAGAAGAUCCUGGAACUCAAUAUGUUUCAGUAUAGAAAAGAUAUUAAUGAAAUAUCCAUAAGAGCUUCCAAAGAAACAACUCUUGAAGUAAUGUUUAAAAAUAUCAUUAGCCUUUGGCAGAAAACUGAUUUCCACUUAUGUCCCUAUUACACUGAAACAUCUAGUGUUUGUAUUAUUUCAUCUGUGGAAGAUAUAACUACUCUGUUAGAAGAAUCUCUGAUGACAAUCUCAACCAUUAAAAGUUCUUGUUUUGUUGAACCAAUUAAGAAUCUUGUUCAUGCUUGGGAUCAUAAGUUAAAUCUCAUUUCCUGUACUCUGGAGGAAUGGUUAACUUGUCAGAGACACUGGAUUUAUCUGGAGCCAAUCUUUCAGGCUCCAGAAAUAAAAAGACAACUUCCAGAAGAAGCCAGACUCUUCUCUGUAGUUGAUAACAAAUGGAAAGAAAUCAUGAACUUUGCAGCAGAGACUCCAAAUGUUCUUACGGCAACUACAAGUGGAAUUUUUGAAAUACUGCAGAGCAACAAUGCAUCACUAGAAAAAAUACAGAAGGCUCUUGAGGAGUAUCUUGAAGUUAAACGUAUGAUUUUCCCAAGAUUUUAUUUUCUCAGCAAUGCAGAACUCCUUGAAAUAGUAGCUGAAAGUAAAAAUCCUGAUGUUGUACAGCCUCAUCUUAUGAAAUGUUUUUCAAAUGUGAGGAAGUUAUAUAUACGACCGCAACAUCAGACACCUCCAGUGGUUUUAAUGAUCAGAUCUGCUGAAGGAGAGAUUCUUCUAAUACCAAAGGGUGUUCGUAUUAGAGGUUCUGUUGAACAAUGGCUUAAAAAUGUUGAGAAUACCAUGUACAAUAUGGUAAGAAAGUUUAUAGAAGUUGGAAUUACAGAGUGGAAUCAAAUGGAAUUUAAAGAAUGGUUUUUUACCCAUCCAGGACAGGUGAUCUUGAUUGUGGAAAUGAUAGAAGACUUGGAUGAUCUGAUCAGCGUUCUAGAGCAACUUACAGAGAUAGCAUCAGAUAUUCUUCCCUACCACAAGCAAAGCACCUUAGAAGCUUUGAUUUCUUUGUCCAUCCAUAAUAGAGAUAUAUUAUCUUUACUGAUAGAUCAAGAGAUUGGCAUUAAAGAUUUUGAAUGGACAAGGCAAUUGCGUUACAAAUGGCAUGAAUGCAACCUGUGCACAGUUGUUCAAGGUUAUGCUUCCUUUGAAUAUGGUUAUGAAUAUUUAGGCUGCUCUCCACGCUUGGUUAUCACGCCUCUUACUGAUCAGUGUUGGUUAACUAUUACUGGAGCACUACAAUUAAAUCUAGGAUGCUGUCUUGCUGGGCCAGCAGGUACAGGAAAAACAGAGACAGUUAAAGAUCUGUCAAAAGCUUUGGGAAAAUUCUGUCUUACAUACAAUUGUUCUGGAAAUUUGGAUGAUAAGGUAAUGGCAAAAAUGUUCUUUGGGCUUGUUCAAUCUGGAUCAUGGUGUUGUUUUGAUGAGUUCAAUCGGAUUGAUAUAGAAGUCCUCUCUGCAAUUGCUUCACAUCUUCAGGCAAUUAAGGCAGCUAAAGAUAGCCUCAGUGUCAGAUUUGUUCUGGAAGGAAAAGAAAUCCGUCUGAAACCACACUGUGCAAUUUUUAUUACCAUGAAUCCUGGAUACAAAGGUCGUGUGGAACUUCCAGACAACUUAAAAUCAUUAUUUCGUCCUAUGUCAAUGGUAAUACCGGAUUAUGAACUCAUUGCUGAAAUAAUGUUGUUUUCAGAAGGUUUCAAAUCAGCAAAAUUACUCUCAGGGAAGAUAAUAAAUCUUUACCAACUUUCUAGCAAAAGACUAUCACUACAGGAUCACUAUGAUUUUGGCAUGAGAGCUAUAAAAACUGUAUUAAUAAGAGUUGGUCAAAGGCGUCAAGAAUAUAAUAAAAAAAGGUUUUCUGCAAGGGAAGAAACUCUAAUCACAAUUGACAUAUUGAAAGAAGUGAAUUUGCCAAAGUUAAUUGCUGAAGAUGUUCCAGUAUUUGAAGACAUUAUCAGAGAUCUCUUUACAGAAAUGGAAGUUCCAAAAGUAAAUCCUAAACGAUUAGAGAGUGCAAUAUCUCUUGCAAUACAGCAUUUAUCUUUGCAGCCUUGGGAAAAUCAGAUAGAAAAGGUUAUACAACUAUACAAUCAGCUUAUGGCUCGUGCUGGUGUGAUGCUUGUAGGCCCCACAGGUGGAGGAAAAACUACCAUCAGAACAAUUUUAGAAAAAGCUUUGAUAAUCUUUCCAUUAGUUGAUAUGGAAAGUGCUACCAAACUUGAUGUUUUUCAGAAUAAUUCAAAGAGAAGCAAAGUGGAUACCUUUGUUGUAAAUCCAAAGUGUGUUACUAUUGAUGAACUCUUUGGACAGACAAAUCCUAGUACAAUGGAAUGGUCAGAUGGAUUAUUAUCAUCAGCAGUUCGAGGAUUUACCAAACUUGGAAUAAAAAAAGUUAAAAGAAAAGAUACAAGCCUUGGUGAAACUGCUGUUGACUGGCAGUGGAUUAUCCUUGAUGGCCCAGUAGAUCCACUUUGGAUAGAAAACUUAAAUUCUGUGCUAGAUGACAGCAGAACAUUAUGUCUUGCUAACAGUGAAAGAAUUUAUCUAUCAUCAGCCUUCAGAGUGAUAUUUGAAGUAGACAGUGUAUCUCAAGCCAAUCCAGCCACAAUUAGUAGAUGUGCCAUGGUUUACGUGGAUCCUGCUGAUUUGGGAUGGGAGCCUUAUGUCAAAACAUGGCUGCAAGGCAUUUCUGAAAUAAUACCAGAAAAUUGUAUUGAAUAUCUUGAAAGUUUAUUUCACUCAAGUAUAAAGAUAGGGUUAACUUUUCUAAAUAAACAUAAGAAAAUGCAAGCAUUUCCUGUACAUCAGUUGGGGAUAGUAAUGAACAUUUGCAGAAUUAUCGAUUCAUUUAUUCAUGUAAUGAAACUAAGUCAAGUAUCACAAGAUAGUAAGGGCGGUGAGAUAUGGUUGUGGGAAAAGGAGCCUAAUAAAAUGCUCAUAUUAUUGGGGAAAAUUUUCAUAUUUGCAUUCACUUGGGCUGUUGGAGGAACUUUAAAACGAGAGGAAGAGCAUGAAGGUGAAACUCUCAUUGAUAUAAACACUAGCCAAGAUGAACUUGCACAUGUAACAUCUGACUUCAAUUAUCUUGUUCGUGAAUUAUUUGACAAAAAACCACCUACUAAUAUCCAGAUGCCACCUGGAGAUAAAACUGUUUUUGAUUAUUUUGUGGAUUUACAAACAGGAGAAUUUGAACCAUGGGGACAUUUAGUUCCCAGCACGCAAUUUCUUAUCCAGAAAGGAGAUCCUGGCAGUGGAAAGACUACUAUGAUAGAUAAUAUGCUUGGAAGACUCCAAAAAGAUGGAUUAAAUAUAAGGAGGAAAACAAUAUUAGGAGAGGUCUUUUACUACAAUGAAACUAAAAUAACAAGCUUGAACUACAGUUUGCUGAAAACAGAUCAAUUUCGUAGCUCUUGGAAAAUAACACAUUCUUCAACCAGAGAAUUACUUUCAGCUCUCAGCUCAGUAAGAGAGGAUUCUGAGGUAGAAGAACCAUCUUCAGGGCCUGUCAUUUGUAAAUUACAAUUAGGUGCCCGUACAACUGCAGCUCAAACGAAGAGUUUGAUCACCCAGAAAUUAAUACUGAAAAGUAAAGAUGUCAUAGGUGCGCCACAAUCUCAACAAGCACUACUGUUCAUUGAUGAUCUGAACAUGCCAGUUGCAGAAAUAUAUGGAUCCAAGCCACCAUUAGAGUUCAUCCGUCAGUUUGUGGAGUUGGGAGGAUUUUAUGACACUAAACACCUUGAAUGGAAACAUGUUCAGGACAUUGCCACAGUUGCAUGCUGUACACCUCUAAACGUAGGAAGUAAUGAGAUUAGUACUCGUCUUCUGUCCCAUUUUUGCAUCUUAGUUUUGCCUGCAACUUCCUUACAGUCUUUGCAACGCAUUUUCCAGGUACGUCUGGGAACAUACUUUUACAUCAACAGAUUCUUGGUUGAAGUUCAGAAGUGUACAGAUAAUUUAACAUGCUGCUCUAUUGCACUGUACUAUAGAAUGCUUCACAAAAUGCUUCCAACACCUGCUAAAUGCCAUUAUAUAUUUAAUCUACGAGAUCUUUUUAAGGUACUUGAAGGACUACUUCAAGCCAACAAGUCAGUUAUUGUCUCAAAAGAAACAACAGCAUUAUUGUUUAUGCAUGAAUCUACCCGAAUUUUCCAUGAUCGUCUGGUUGAUCUAGCAGAGAAGGAGACAUUUUAUCAAUUUCUUUCAAAUGAGCUCAACAAUUAUUUUAAAAUUGGAUGGAAUGGCAAUGGAAAAGCAACCUGUGCAUCCUUAGCCAGUUAUAUAUCUGAAUGCAGUAUCUAUAGGUUAUCUACUUCCUAUAGUUACACCUUUGCACAUUUUCAAGAGGAUAUUAAAAAAGUCUAUAAACAAGCUGGAGCAGAAGGCAAGAGGACCAUUCUUCUCAUUACAGAUUCAGAUAUAAUUCAAGAAUCAUUUGUGGAAGUCCUAAGUUGUAUUCUGAAAUCAGGACAAGUGCCCCACCUAUUUGAGAAGGAUGAGUUGAAUAACAUUAUUGAAUCACUUACAUCAAUUUCUGAAAUGGCUAAGGAAUCCAACAAAUUGGAUGAUAUGUAUUCUUUCUUCUUACAGAGAGUACGCCACAACCUUCAUAUAGUUUUGACAAUAAAUCCUACAGGACUGGUUUUCCGUCAGUAUUUACAGAUAUAUCCUGCCAUUGUGAAUUGCUGUACAGUAGACUGGUACGAAAAUUGGCCUGAAGAGGCCCUUUGCCACGUAGCAAAAAGUUAUUUUAGCCAAAGUGAGACAUUUAGAAAUGAGAAUGUAAAAGAUACUCUUAUCCCUAUGAUUGUUAAUAUUCACAAGAAUGUAUCUAUAAUAAUUGAGAAAUACUUGAAGGAAACUAAAAGACACUAUUACAUCACUCCCAAAAGUUACUUGCAGUUUAUAAAUACUUUUUCCACAAUGUUGAGGACCACAAAAGAGAAAAUGCUGAGUGAAAGAGCUUGCUAUCAUUCUGGUUUGACAAAAAUCUUGGAUGGAACUUCACAGAUUGCAGAUAUGCAAGAUGAAUUGCUUGUCCUUGGACCUCAGAUAGAGUCAAAAUCAAAGGAAAUAGAAGAACUUGUAGCUAAACUUCACAAAGAUGCGUUAGUUGUAGAACAAGUUCGAACUUUGGUUAAAAAGGAUGAAGAAAUUAUGGCUGCGGAAACAAAAAUUGUGGAAGGGUAUGCUAAGCAAGUAACAGAAGAACUUAAUACUGUAUUACCAUCUUUGGAGAAGGCUCUUAGUGCUCUUGAUGCACUUGACAAAAAUCACAUUGCAGAAGUUAGAGUAUAUACUCAUCCUCCUCCACUUGUUUUAACUGUUAUGAAUGCAGUCUGUAUUCUUCUUCAAAAGAAACCAAACUGGGCAACAGCAAAAUUAUUACUGUCAGAUCCAGGAUUCCUGAAAAAAUUGAUUACAAUUGACAAAGAUAAUUUACCAGAAAAGGUUUUUCUGCAGUUAAAAAAAUAUGUGAGAUCAUCUGAUUUCAACCCAGUGAAAGUGGGACUUGUGUCUGUUGCAUGUUGCUCCAUAUGCCAGUGGAUUUUAGCUCUGGAUCACUAUCAUAUUGUUAAAAAGUUUGUAGAUCCAAAGCAAGCAAAGGUAGUGGAAGCAGAGGAAUUACUGAAUCGUGCACAUAGUAAAUUAGAUGAAAAACAAAGAUGUUUAGCCCUGAUUGAACAACAUCAACAAAAUUUAGAAGCAUUGUAUGAUGAAAGUAUUGCUGAACAGGAAAAACUUGCAGCCCGAAAAAUGCAAACGACUCGCCGUUUACACAGUGCAUCUAUAUUAAGCAUAGCUCUAAAGGGUGAAAUGGAACGCUGGAAAGAAUCUGUUAAUAACCUUGAUCAAAGAUUGCAAGGAAUUGUAGGUGAUGUCCUUAUAUCAGCAGCUUGUAUUGUCUACAGUGGAAUGUUAUCAGCGGGGUAUCGUCAACAGCUAGUCAAUGACAGUUUGAAACUCUGCAGUGAUAACAAUAUUUUGGUCUCUCCAAAUUACUCAUUGGUUAACUGCAUGACAGAAAAGAAUGAGGUCCGCAGAUGGCAAAAUGCAGGUUUGCCGCAUGAUCAAUACUCCACAGAAAAUGCAAUAAUUAUUAAACAUGGACAACGGUGGCCUUUACUAAUUGAUCCAGAAAGCCAAGCUUACAAAUGGAUAUGUCAAAUGGAAGGCACCAAAUUGAAACAAAUCAAUGCUACAGAUGCCAAUUACUUAAAAACAAUUGAAUAUUCUUUGCAGUUUGGUGAAUCAGUCCUUUUGCAGGAUUUUCCUGAAACAUUGGAUUCAAAUAUAAAAUCAAUCUUAAGCAAGGAGAUCUACAAAAAAGGAGGACAAGAAUUCAUUAGAAUAGGAGAUUCUGAAAUUCAGUACAAUUCAGACUUUCGAUUAUAUCUGACAACACAGAAACCCAAUCCUCAUUUUCUGCCAGCAACAUGCAAUGUUGUUACUAUGAUAAACUUCACUUUAACAUUCCAUGGUUUGCAAAAUCAGCUUUUAUCUGCAGUUGUAAAUAAGGAAAAACCUGAGCUUGAAAAACAGUACUGCAAGUUGAUGGAAAGCAUAUCAAUUGAUCUGGUAGCACUACAUGAAUAUGAACAAAGAUCACUUCAACUUUUGCAAAAAACAACUGGGCACCUUUUAGAUGACCAAGCCCUCAUUGAAAAUUUGCAGCGAACAAAAAUUACCUCGUCAGAGAUUUUUCAGCGUGUAGCAGAUUCAGCAGCAACAGAAGUCACCAUAGAAGGAUUGCGUAAAGCCUAUAUUCCUAUAGCAACUCGUGGUGCUGUGCUCUACUUUGUAAUAUCAGAACUUGUACACAUCAACCAUGUCUAUCAGUUUUCACUGAAUUGGUUUCAUAAGAUCUUUGUAGAUUCUAUAGAUAAUGUGAAAAAAAGUGACAUUUCUCUCAGUGAUUCUCUUUCAAGUACAAAAAUAAGUGAAUAUAAGGUACAAAGUGAAGAAACAUUAACAAAAAGUGAGACUGAGAUAGAUCACUUCAAAAUACAUAUUGAUGAUAUAAUUGAGACACUAACAUAUCAUGUCUACGAGACAGUUUCUUCAGCUGUGUUCAAUAAAAAUAAGCUAUGCUUUGCUUUCCUGCUUUGCACAGCAAUCAUGAAAAAUAAUUAUGGUGAAAAUGUAUUCACAAAUAAGCUUGGAUUUAUAUCAGAGAAUGAGUGGAAUUUCUUCCUGUACUCUGGCAUGAUAGCAAAUAUUAAGCAACCAUCAAUCUCUGACUGUAAUGGUUCAUGUGUAUUUAACAAAACGGCUCCAUUCCACUGGAUAAAUGAAAUAAUGUGGAAAGAAUGUCAGUGCAUGAGUACUCAAAUACCUGCAUUCAGCCUAUUGUGCAGUUCUCUGUCAACAUAUCCUCAACAGUGGAAAGAUUUUCUAGAUAGUGAGAAUGUGUAUGAUUUAAUUAAUUCAGAAUCACAGCUAGCAGGAGAAAGUGAAGAUGAUGAGGAGAGUAUACCUGUAAUUUUCCCUUGGGAGAAGCUUUCUCCAUUUGAAAGACUUAUCUUGAUAAAAGUUCUCCGUUCAGAAAUGUUAAACCAUGCAGUACAAAUAUUUGUAACUGAGAAAUUGGGAACUAGGUAUUUUCAGACUGGAGGAAUUAAUUUAAAAGGAAUGUAUGAGGAAUCUGAAUCUACAACUCCACUAAUUCUCAUCCAUACUCAUGGGAUAGACAUUACAGCAGUUGUCUUGCGCUUUGCCCAAGAAAUAAAAAGUACACAAAAUGUGCAAAUGCUAUCUCUGGGACGUGGCCAAGCCAGCAAAGCAGAGGAAUUUAUAUAUAAAGCACAAAUACUGGGUGAACAGUGGGUAUUCCUUCAGAAUUGCCAUCUUGCAACUUCAUUUAUGCCAAGAUUGUGCAAAAUUGUUGAUUCCUUUGUCCUACCUGAUACAACUAUAAAUCCAGGAUUUAGACUAUGGUUAAGUUCAACACCAGAUACAUCUUUACCCAUACCUAUACUGAGAAGAGGGCUAAAGAUAGUAAUAGAAACUCCACAAGGACUAAAAGGAACAUUACUUCAAACUUUUGGAUUAAGUGACACUAGUGUAGUAACAGAAACUAUAUUUAAUAAGACCAACUGUGGGCCAUCAUGGAAAAGAUUGUUGUUUAGCCUAUGUUUCUUCAAUGCUGUCAUUCAUGAAAGAAAGAAAUAUGGAGUUUUGGGCUGGAAUAUUCCAUAUGCUUUUAAUUCUUCAGAUUUAGAGUUUUCUAUCAAAAUAUUGGAAGUGCUCCUUGAGAAGCACCAAAGGAUUCCUUGGACAGGAUUGCAUUAUUUGACUGGAGAAGUAACAUAUGGAGGCCAUGUAACUGAUAAUUGGGACCGUCGAUGCUUGCUUAGCAUUUUAGAUAAUUUUUAUAAUCCUUCUGUACUGCAAGAAGAUUUUGUUUAUACUGCUGAUGAGGUGUAUCGACCAAUAUCUGAAGUAGAUAGUUUAAAAGACUGCAGAACCUAUCUACAAUCUCUUCCAGAAGUGGAUUCUCCAGAAAUUUUUGGAAUGCAUCAUUGUGCUGAAAGACAAUAUUUAAAAGCUCAGGCAGAAUCAUUUAUCACUUCAAUUGUCAGUACCCAACCAACAUAUAGCACAGACAUUAUCAGUGAUAGAAUGGGCCAGGAUGAAAUUGUACUGGGAAUAGUAUCUGAUAUUCUAAUAAGGCUCCCAUUGACCGUAGAGAAUAUGGAAGGGGCAUCUACCAAUGAAUAUGUGUCUACAGAAAUUGUAACCCUGAGAAGUUUCAUUUCACCUUUGCUACCUGUCUUGCGCCAAGAGAUAGACCGUUGUAAUAAUUUACUAUACUUAAUAAUUCGGUCAUUACAAGAACUUCAGCAAGGAAUCAAAGGAAAAAUUAUCUUCACUAAAAGAUUAGAAGAACUUUAUAAUUCAAUAUUGAAAGGCAGAGUAGCUGAUCUGUGGGAGCAAAGUUCUUUUAAGACAAAUAAACCUUUAGGAUCCUGGAUUGAUGAUCUCAUUAUACAAGUGAAUUUCUUUGCCAUGUGGGCUGAUCGUAUUAUCACCUUUAUGCAAGCAAGGUUUAAUGAUUUACUGGUGCUUCAGAGACAAAGCAAAAUACCACAACAUCUUGAUGAAUAUCCUGACUUUCAUGCCAGUUAUCAAGGACAUCCUAGCUGUUUUUGGCUUCCAGGUUUCUUUUUUCCACAUGGAUUUCUUAUUGCUGUGUGUCAGAAUUAUGCUCGAUUGAAUAAAGUAACAGUGGAUUCACUUACUUUUACACAUAAAGUGCUUCCUUUAACUCAAGAUGAAGAUUUCAGCUUCAAUAGAAAGGAAAGCAUAUUAAACAAAGCUUUUAAGAUUACCUUCAGUCCAAGUUACUGUGGUGAAGAAGACCAGCUUUUAUACAAAUGUCCUUUAUACAAGACACCUCAAAGAACAGGAAUACUGUCUUCUAUGGGUGAAUCUAUAAAUUUUGUAACUGAAGUUAAUCUGCCAAGUCUGGUAACUCCUAGCCACUGGAUAAUGAGAGGAGUUGCACUGUUAUGUCAACUGGACGAUUAG